ACGUGACAUCACUGCAAACAUGGCGCUGGGCUCGGUCAGAAACUGUUUCGCGUCCUUCGCGUUUCUCGGCAGAACUUUAACCUCAACCGAGAUUAAAGCUGCGUGCUGCUACCACAAAAAAGUGGUGGACCACUACGAGAACCCGAGAAACGUGGGCUCCCUGGAUAAAAACGACAAGAACGUGGGGACGGGAUUAGUAGGCGCACCCGCCUGUGGCGACGUGAUGAAACUGCAGAUCCAGGUGGACGAGAACGGGAAGAUCGUGGACGCCAGAUUCAAGACGUUCGGAUGCGGGUCUGCCAUCGCUUCGAGUUCCUUGGCCACAGAGUGGAUUAAAGGCAAAUCUAUUGAUGAAGCCCUGAAGAUCAAGAACACAGAGAUCGCCAAAGAGCUGUGCCUCCCACCGGUCAAGCUGCACUGUUCUAUGCUGGCGGAAGACGCUAUCAAGGCCGCCCUGGCCGACUACAAACUGAAACAGAAGGACGAGGAGAAGGUCGCAGCAGCCAGAAACUAAAUCACGCCCAUCAUUGUGCACCGCCGUAGAUGUAGCUGCUGCGCUGUAACGCUCGCGCUGUUGCUAACAGACUGUUUGUUUGUUUGUUUGUUUGUUUGAGUGCUGUGUGUCACGGUGGCUGGUUUCUUUCUUCACGCACAGAUUCACCCGAACCCGAGCGGCCGGACCCCCGGCGAUCCUGUAAAACCGCGUGUUAGGUGGUUCGUGUUCGCUACGGCGUUGCUUGUACUGAAUUUGUUUGAAAUGUAUGUAAAUGUUUACGUCCGAGUCUGAUACUAAACGUGGGGGAACGUCGUCUGCUCGAUUCUAUACGCACAAUUAAGAGUGUACAUACGAUAUAUACCAUCUAUAGAACUAGCUCCUGUAUUCUGCUGGAAAUAAAGAAAUAAAAUCAAAAGCAAAUCAA